UCGUAUGUCUCUGUUUUCGCCCAAAUUGAGUAGAACCUGCAGACAGCAUGUCUGAUUGACUGCGCAGGCUGGGGUCACGGUAUGUCAACCCAUCAUCUAAUUAUCCUCCGGUGGCCGAUUCUUUCGACCAAACCGGAUUUUGGUCUCGACCGACAGUACCGAGUAUGCAAUCCUGCAGUAAUACCUGUUUCGCGUCAGUCUCUCUACUCCUACCACUGCUGCUGCUUCUGCGGCAAUGAGACCUGCAUGUUUCCCUGGUCUCAACUUUUGACCUGUCUGAAGGCAAGGCAACCCAGCUCGUUGGAGUGCACAGCUUCAGUUUGGAAUGGAAUCGUGAACUGUAAACUGGUCCGUACCCAAACUUCUUUCACCGGUCUCAUCUACUUUCGGUAUGUGUGCAUGGGGUGGCUUGCAGAGGCGACCUUCUCCCAGUCGGGAAUGAUGCUGGAAGUCGGACAGUCUUGCAUAAACUUAGUUCAUAACAUUGAUUCCCGGAAGGAUGUAAAGGGCAAGCCAGAGUUGAGGCUUGCUUCUUAGCACAUCUUGGAGAUGCCUGGCAAGGCAAGGUACUUUUGGUGAUCUGUGCCGGGAGGCUGACGAAAGUGUUCACUUGCUGUACUUGGGAUUGGACGAUGGGGUGAUACACAGCAGCCUGAGGCGAAGCCUGGCUUGGUGUGUUGGUCGGUUAAUGAGGAGGGCUGUCUGGAAUGAUGAAGAACGGGUAAGGGGUCGGCCUAUGUUUGCUCUGUGGAAGAUUUUUAGUC